AGGUUUGUCACGUGACUGCAGCCAUUUUAUCUAUUAAGGUGAAUCUGCAGAAGAGAAGGAAAAGGCUGCCUAUCGCAAAGCAGGUCCUCCCUAGCUACUGCUCCUCUCUCUUUUAGUUAACUCACACUCUCUCCAGUGAUGGGGCUCGGCAGGUCAAAGUUCCCCAUUUCUCUAGACGAGGCUACAGUCAGAGCUACUCCUGAGGUGGUACAGCGUCUCAGAGACACUUAUGAUCGGUUCUCAUCAAAUACUGGGCUCCUCCCUCAAGUGACCUUCUUACGGGAUAUAUUUGGGGAUGGGAUGCCGCCAAAACUUGCCGAAGAGCUGUACGAAGCCUUCAGAGGGGGCCAAAAAGGGAUUAAAUUUAACGACUUGUUGAGGGGUCUGGUAUUAUUAGUGCAAGGGACCAGACAAGAAAAGAUAUUAUUUCUGACUCAGAUGCUGACAGAUGAAGAUCACCUCAUCACUAAAGAAUCCGUUCAAAAGUUUGUUGCUUUAGUUGACACAGACCCAUCCACUGAAGAUUUGGAUACUCUCUUCCCAGAGUUUUCAUCUUGUACUCCGAACUACUUCAGUAACUGGUUGGAAACUCACCCCAACCUCUGCUCCUUUACACAAUGGUUGCUAGGAGACGAAAACACCAUGAGUUUAACGGCAGAGCCAGACCCUCCCACCUUCUACCAGACACUGGCUGAUAAGAACGGCUUGACUGAUAGAGAUGUGAUGAAUAUUGAGAAGACGUACUGGGGGCUCAAGGGGGGCAACGCUAAAUUUGAUAGUUCCGUUUUCUGUAAAAUCCUUUUUCCUCCUCUGCCAGCUGGUCUUGUACAAAGUAUAUUCUCUUAUCUUGAUAUUAAUAAAGACGGCCAUAUUGACCUCUCAGAGAUGGUGAGGGGUGUGGCUAUAUUCUGUAGGAAACCUUUGAAUGAAACCCUACUAGUGUUUUUUGAGUUAUUUGAUGAAGAUAAAGAUGGCUACCUCAAUGAGUAUGAGCUGACAGCUGCUCUCCAGAUGCUAGCUGAGCUCAAGAGGAACAACACUGUCAAAGAAACUGAAAAUGAAGAGACGAUCAUUGACACCAUUUUAACCGAACACCAAGAAAAGUUGCAGGACAGUGGGCUGGAUAGGGCGGAGUUUGUCUCAUGGUGUUCUCAAGAUACAGGAAGUGGGUGGAGCCUCGUGUCUGUCCUACUCCAGGUGCUGGUGGAGGUGUGUCAUGUUAAGUUGGGACUCCGCCCAUCACAACCAAUGGAGGAAGCAUCAAUAAUUAGUGGCUACAUGAACAGAUUCAAGAAGAGCGGAAGGUCAAAAGGUCAGUUAGUGUAUCUGAUGUCAACCCAAUGGUUCAACAGCUGGAGGAUAUACACUCAAUUUGAGAUGGAUGAUUGUCCUCUCUCUUCGUUGAUACCACCUGCUGAACAAUCUUCAAAGAACACAGACAGAGGAGAUAGAGGCACUACUCCUGUAGCUGAACCUGAAAUUGUUGAUGUUACAGUUGAAGGUGAAGAUGUUGCUGAAGGAUAUACUCAUAUUGUUACACCUGAAAACCCUGGUACUAUUAAUUCAUGGCCACUUUCUCUCUGUGCAGCUAGCAGCUCUGGUUCAGCUCAGAAAAGGGGCGGAGUCCAGUCACACCCACAAGAGGACGAGGACCCUUUGAAGCCAAUUGGGAUAAGCAACUCUCACCUGUGUCUUGAAGAACCUUUCCCUGGCAGCAAGAAGUUGAUUUCAUUAACUAAUGAAGGAGGAGUCUUAAAGCCCUCAUUAAAGGAAUAUGUUGAUUAUUAUUUAUUGCCUGAGGACGUCUGGCGGGCACUGGUCACCUGGUAUGGGACAGCUGGACUGGGAGGAGGACCACCCCUGCCUAGACCAGUUAUUAAUGAAGAGGGUGUGGUCUCACUCUACCCCACUCUAUUAAAGGUUUUCAGACACACGACUCUUCCACCUGCUAAACAGUCAAAGUCCACCGGCCCUUGGAACUCAAUGCUUGAAGUGUUUAGCUUCUUUGGGUUUAGGUCAGGGGGUGGGGCUGAUAAUUCAGCCACGCCUGUUGGAAACACACCAUUACCUGGUGAUGCUACUCAACCUUUACUGCCGAGAAGAAUCCUCUACUAUAGUGCAGCCUUUUAUGAUAAUAACACACUGCAGGAGAUGGUUGAGGUGAUGCAAAAAGUGCUACAUGCCAAACCAGACGAAGUACGUAUCUACAGUUUAAGUGACGAUGAGGAGCAGCUGGAACUACUGGAUGAAGAAGAGAAGACAGUAGAGGAUCUGGGGUUUAAAAAUGGACAGAAAAUACUAGUAGAAACUCGUAACAAAGACAACUCGUGGCCUGAAGAGCUAGUGGCGGCCAUUAAAGAAGUUCAAGCAAAAGAUUCAAACGAAAAACAAGUUGUGAAAUCCCAAGGGACCAAGGUUCCAGAGGGGGCCACUGGGCUCAGUAACCUUGGCAAUACCUGCUUCAUGAAUUCAUCUCUUCAGUGUAUCAGUAACUUACAGCCACUGACGACCUAUUUUAAAGAGAAGGACUAUCUACUGGAAAUUAACAAGCAGAACCCAUUAGGAAUGAAAGGUGUGAUGGCCAAGAGAUACGGAGAGCUUGUCUCUGACCUUUGGACUGGACACAGCAAGAGUAUAACGCCAUGGAGAUUUAGAUACACUAUUGCUCAAAACGCUCCUCAAUUUAAUAACUUCCAGCAACAAGACGCCCAAGAACUUUUAUCAUUUGUAUUAGAUGGACUUCACGAGGAUCUAAACAGAGUAAAAGUGAAGCCAUACAGAGAAUUACCGGACAGUGACGACCGACCAAUCGCUGAAGUUGCUGAUGAAGCGUGGUCUUAUCACAGGGAGAGAAACAAUUCAAUAAUAGUCGAUUUAUUUCAAGGACAACUAAAGUCCCUAGUUGAAUGUACAGUCUGUUCUUAUAAAAGUAUCAAAUUUGAUCCAUUCACUUUCCUGUCCUUGCCACUCCCACUGGAGAGCUCAACUAGUUUAGAAAUUAUUGUGAUACCCAUUGAUGGAUCCCAGCCAACUCGCUAUUGUCUAAAGUUAGAACUUGAUGCUAAAUAUAGAUUACUAAAGGAGCAGCUGGUUGAAAUGUGUCAAAUAAAUCGUCUCAUUUUGGUUGAUGUCUACGGAGGGACAGUCAGGAGUUUUCCGAAUGAUGAUCAGAAGAUGAGGACUGUCCUGAGUGGGUCACUGUACGCGUAUGAAAUACCACCUCACUACAGGAGAAUCACACCAUCCAGAGAAGAGGAACAACCUCUAGAGAGAACAGAAACCAAUGAUGAGGGGGAGGAGUCAAUUAAUAAAGGGGAGGAGUCAACUAGUAAAGAAGAAGCAGAGGCUCCUACUGAAGUAGAGACGACUAAAGAAGAGAUUGAACAAGAAACAAAGACUCCUACUGAAGAGGUGGAGUCAUCUGCUAAAGGGGCGGAGUCAGACACACCCACUACUAAUAAAGUUGAAAAUGGUGAGAUUGGAGGAUCUGUUGGUAAUGGAGGGGAACAGAAAGAGGAGGAGAAGGAGGAGGAGGAGAAAGUGAAGGAGGAGGGGGAGGGAGUGAAGGAGGAGGGGGAGGGAGUAAAGGAGAAGGAGGAGGGGGAGGUAAAGACCAACGACACUAAACAAUCUUCAGCCCCACCCAGUCAACCCCGCCCAUCUUAUUGUAAUCCUAGAGAUCACGGGUUUAUAUUUGGUAUACACAGAAGAACAUUAAGAUUAGACAAUUAUUUUGUAUCAACUCAAAAGAAUCGUCCGAUCCUCUUCAGUUACCCAAUGGUACUGCCCUGUGCACCAACGACACCUCACUCCGCCCUCUACAAGGAAAUAUGGAACCAAGUUCAACGACUAAUAAUACCAGACCCCCCAAACACUGACGAUGAAGAGAGUCUACAGAGACAGUCCUAUCCUUACAAACUGAAGAAGGUUAGGAGAGACGGGCUCUUCUGCUGCCAUUGUCCGUGGUACAGAUUCUGUCGCGGUUGCCCUAUAGAAUGUGACGAGGGUACUUUUGGAGCUGAUGAUCCUCCACACUAUAUUGCAAUAGACUGGGAAGAUGGAUUCAUUCAUCUGAAGUACCAGUCCGGGCUGGAGAGGCCCAAGGAUCAUGAAAGCAUGGACAUCAUGAAGAACACUGACUCGCAGCCAAUAGAACUCUCAGAGUGUCUCGCUGCAUUCUCUAAACCUGAAGAACUAGGAGAGGACGAGUUAUGGUAUUGUAAGAAGUGUGAGACCCAUAGGCCGGCUAGGAAGACACUUGAAGUUUGGAAGUUGCCACCUGUUCUGAUAAUUCAUUUGAAAAGGUUUCAUUUUCACAAUGGCCGCUGGAUUAAGUCCCAACAGAGGGUCAGGUUCCCUAUGAGCGGAUUAGAUCCUUAUGCCUACUCAGACUCGGAACUGUUCAACAAUAAUGAGUUCAUACAGACUGGCAUUGAGGGGGAGGAGCUUAAUGGGGAGGUGGGAGGGGAUUCAGUAACCCCGCCCCUUACAGGAGAAGGGGAGGAGUCAGCACCUCUUGGGGUGUCAGUUGAAGUUAAUGACGAGAGAAAAGAAGAGGAGGAGGAGGAGGAAGGAGAGGGAGAGAAAAAUGACAAAGAAUUGUUAGUGGUCGCCAGUGAUGAAGAUCAGAAUGAGAAUGAACUCACUGAGAAUGAAAUACAGGAAUCAGAUGAGAUCAAAGCUGGUGUCCCAAAGUUAAGAGACAUUAAGAGAAACUUCUCUCGUACUACGAGUGUCUACAUGAGCUCUAGACCUAUUUAUGAUCUCUUUGCUAUCACUGUCCACAGUGGUAUUUUAGGUGGUGGACAUUACACGUCUUUUGCCAAAAACCCAAACUCAAACUGGUAUUAUUAUAACGACAGCUCAUGCAAGGAAACUACAGAAGACAAGGUUUCGUCUGAGUCUCCUUACAUGUUAUUUUAUGAAGUGAGGGACCUACGGGAACAUGUAGACGAGUAUAGAGUAGGCGGAGCCAGGAGUCCACCAUUGUCCCCGGUUAAUGAUAAUGAUGAGGGUAUCCUUCAAGGUGAGGGUGGGCGGGGCAAAUCUAGUGGUGGGCGUGGAAAGUGUAGACAGCAGUGACAUUAAUUUAUACAACAUUAAAAUUAUUUUCUUUGAUGUUUAUUGUAUAUUAAUUAUGAUUGUUUUUAAUUUAAA